AGGAGCGGAGCGGAGCGCCGAUCUGAGCGCAGGGGAGCGGCUUCACUGUGACCCCGAUCUCCGGGGGGUGGGAAAAAAAGCGAGCCCACCAGACCGGACGGACGACGUCAUUUAUUUGUGUGUGUGCGCGCGUGUGUGUGUCAGAGACAGACCGUCGUUUUGCUGGCGGUCAGACAGACAGCAACAGUUGUCACGAUGUCUGAGAUCAGAUGAGGGCAGAGCAGCGGAGGGAACACUGCGGCGCUGCUGUGAUCCGGGCCGGCCGCCUGCGAUGAGACAGCCGCGUUAACCAGCCGGGACAGCAGGGCAGCAGCGCAGCGCGCGCAUCUGUUCGCGGAGCGCGGAUUUCGGCGUCAGUCAAACGCUCUCCGCUCGUUCCUCCCGGUGGUGUGUGCGGGUGAGGUGAAUCCAGACGUCAGGGCUGGCUCAUGUUCCGCUCAGCAGGGAAACGGGCUGUUGCGUCUGCGGAGAGUCAGAGCUGACGAGCCUGCCGACACACACGGACGGAUAGGCAGGCAGGCAGGCCGACAGACAGACAGGAGCGAGGGGAGGGGGGCACAGCCUGCCCUCUGCGGAUCGAGCCGAGCCCCCUCCUGUACCCACCCAGAACCCCCACCCACUCCUCUCCCCGCUUUGGAUGGGGGGAAAGCAGAGCACGGCGGGGCGGCCCCGGGGUGCUUUUCCCGGUGUCUCUACGGAUGACAGCGCGGUGCCACCCUCGGCCCACUUUGGUCACUACCGGCCGAGCGGCACCAUGGGCCUGCGGAGCCGCUCGGUGAGCUCCGUGGCUGGGAUGGGCAUCGAACACAGUCCCGCCGUGCCCUUCGGCUUCUACACCCCAAGAGGAACGGACUCGGAUCGAGCCGGAGGGGGGUCAGGGGGCACUACCGCGGCCCCUCACGGGACCGGCUACCAGGACACUGGGGGCGGAGGGCACCACACGGACGGGGUGCUGUAUCUGGGGUCCCGGGGGUCGCUGGCUGACACCUUGCCCCUGCACAUCGCACCCCGCUGGUUCAGCGCGCACAGCGGAUUCAAGUGUCCUGUCUGCUCCAAGUCUGUGGCGUCCAAUGAAAUGGAGGUUCACUUUAUCAUGUGUCUAAGCAAGCCUCGCCUCUCUUACAAUGAUGAUGUGUUGGCGAGGGAUGCCGGUGAGUGUGUGAUAUGUCUAGAGGAACUGCAGCAAGGGGACACCAUAGCCAGACUGCCGUGCCUCUGCAUCUACCACAAAAGCUGUAUAGACUCAUGGUUUGAGAUCAAUCGUUCCUGCCCUGAACACCCCUCUGACUGACUGACCACCGGGCCCACUCUGAAUACUGUUCAAGGACAUCUCGUGGUCCUGCCGGGGAUAUCUGGACACAGGCGUAACCAAAUCUGGUGAAACAAUCAAAGUGAUCAACACUUACAUAUCCUGACAGAAUCCAUCAUCCUACCAAAAUAAUUACUCCUUGAGAACUGAACCAAAAGAAAAAAAAAAGCGUAACUGUCGAACCAUCGUUCACUCCCUCCAUCUUACAUCUGCUGAUGAUACUGCUGAGAACCCACCACCCUUCCUUUCAUCCUUCGCACCUCUUCAAGCUAACAGAGUCCCUUAAAGGGCUUAGUUGGCCUCAGCUCCCCUUCUGACUCAACCGCGGCCAGCUGCUUCCCUGACACGCUCAGGUCCUCGCAGGCCUUACAUCACAUCUUUGGAUUCAGGCUUGUCAGUUACUUGUGUCCAGCCCUCCCAUGGCCUUAACUCGGAAGAGGAGUGGAAGCAGAGCGGAGGAAGGAAUAAGGAAGGGAACCAGUGAUAUGGAAGGAGGAGGAGAAGGAGAAAACCGGCAAAUGGAUGAUUGUUGAGCUGCAGGAGCUCGCUAUGAGAAAAAGACUUGUACAUUAGUGGGUGGGCCUCUUAUCUCAAUAGGACGCCAACUUGGUGAUGUCCUAUCAUAACAGACUGGCUCCCAGUGUGCUCUUUUCUCAUAGUUCCUGCCUCAGUUCUGCACUCUUCCUCACCAAUAUGACUCAAAUAAUUAAUUUAAAGUCUCCGCAGUGCUAUUUAGAUGUGGUUCACGCAUACCUGGGCAGGCAGAAAGAGUCAAAAAUGUCAAACUGGGACGUCAGCUUGUCUUGUAUGUAUGGGUUGGUAAGAGGGACUGGGGGCUUGGUGGAAAGGAGCAGUCCUGACUGGGAGGCCAGAAGGAGCCAGCGAUGUAGUUUAUGCUCCUACUGUGUGAUAUGUGUGUUUGGGAUGCUCCACUGUCAGGCUUCACCUGGUAUGUGUAUGUACACUAUGUGGGUGUGUGUAUGCGUGGACUGGUGACAAUGUAGCUUUUGCUGAAGCCUUGUGUGUGUGUGUGUGUGUGUGUGUGUGUGUGUGUGUGUGU